AUGGCAUCCAGCGAUGACGCCCUCGAGACAUACACACAUCUCCCUGUGCACGUCGACCCGCAAACCAAACAAGUCUCCAUCCUCUCUUCCGACAAGACGAUCCAAGAUGCGAUAGAUAACCUCAAUCGGCUACACACAUCCUUCAAAUCCCUCGAGACACCGAACAAUGUCCCGCCUGCGCCCAUGCUCGUCAAUCCGAAGAGAUCGGCACAGAUCCAAAAACUGCGGGAUUCCGCCGCAGCAACAUCCAAAAAGGGCGACAACCCAGGCGCAAUCCGACUCCUCGGCGUCGCGAUAGACAUGGCGGCGGCGCGGCCGGGCUGGGAGCCGAUGGGCCUCGCCCGCGAGGAACUCGCCAUGAUGUAUCUGUCGCGCGGGGCCGCGAACUGCAGCGUGCAGAACUGGGUUGAGGGUCUGAUCGACGCGGAGUGCAGUGUCGAGUGUAAGAGCGGGCCAGGCCAAGGCCCGAAUGGUGAGAGGAUCCCCGGGAAUCCAAAGGCUUGGAUUGUGGGGGGACGGUGUCUUAUGGAGAUGGCGAGGUGGCGCGAUGCCGUCGAGUGGCUCGAGAGGGCAGUUGAGAAGGAAGGUGUGGAGGGGACAGAGGAUCAUAGAGAGCUGGUGCAGAUGCUGAUGCAGGCGAGAGCACACGUUCAGAAGAAGAAGUGA